AAACAAGAAACAUUAGAUAUAAAAUAAAACAUAUUCCGUUAACUCUUUUUUUAAAUGUCAGUUUAUUUGUAUCGUCUCAAUGAGUUUAGCUAACGUUAAUGUUGAGUGUUCCAGUGAAGAAACGUCUCACCUCUUCUUCUGAGUAACAAAGCCGUUACAGAGCUGUCAACUCCCCCAGACAUCGCGCACACGACAUGUCUCACGACACCCAUGAUUUGUCGCAACUAUUUGCCAGGAAAAUACGUUUUGAAUUGACUAAUUCAGGUUACAGCUUAACUUUUUCGGAUAGACGCGGCCAUUUCUUCGUUCCGUCUCAAAACAGUGUCCGACUAGAAACAAGUCGCGUGUGGCUUUACCUCCAGAAUAACUGUAACAUUGUGUAAACAUAACGGAGCUGUUGAAAUUCUGCUCCGUAAAUUGGAUACAAAUCUCGAAAAUCCACACAUUUGCAUAUAUUUUUCGAAAGUAUCAAGCAUGGUGGACGUGCCACUAUCAGUGAAAGCCAUCACUUUGGAUCUGCUAAGAGAUGCCAGAGAGACAGUGAGGACCAGUCCUUUGGGAGUCAUCAACACUCCUAUGAUCCCAUGGUGCCAAACAACACUACCGCUCAACAUCCCCUGUAACAUCCACAUCAAACUGGAGAACAUGCAGAGAACUGGUUCGUUUAAGAUAAGAGGAGUGGCCAACCAGUUUGCCAGGAGACCAAAAGGAGCCCAUUUUGUCACCAUGUCUGCAGGGAACUAUGGGAAGUCUUUUGCGUAUGCCUCUAAACACUACGGCUCCAAGGGGAAAGUGGUGAUGCCAGAGACAGCCCCUGUAUCCAGAUCUACACUCAUACAAAAUUUUGGAUGUGAGGUGGAACGGGUGCCUACAACCUGUAUGAUGAACGUGGUGAAUCGUUGUGUCCAGGAGGAAAACAUGACGUUCCUCCACUCAUAUGACGACCUGGACCUGAUUGCAGGACAUGCCAGUCUAGGUUUUGAAGUACUGGAGGUGAUGCCCCAGCCUGAUGUAGUGGUGGUGUGCUGUGGAGGAGGAGGUCUACUGGCUGGGGUGGCUGCUGCCAUCAAAUUGGCCGGCUGCGAGAAGACAAGGAUCUAUGGGGUAGAGCCAGAAGGAGCCUGCACCAUGUACAAAAGUUUCAUCGAGAAGAAGCCUGUAGGCAUGGACACCAAGAGCAUUGCGUCAGGACUGGCUCCACCUUUUGCAGGCACCCUGCCCUACGAGCUGUGCCAGCGCUACGUUGAAGAGAUCGUACUGGUGAGCGAUGAGGAGAUCAAGGCUGCCGUGUCUACCCUGUACAGGGCGGGGCUCCUGGUGGAGCCGUCAGGGUCCGCGGCAUUCGCAGCCAUCGCUAACGACAGAAUCCCUGACAUUGCUGGGAGGAACGUGGUGGUCAUCCUCAGUGGAGGAAACAUCGGCAAAGACGAGCUCACUAACUUCCCUGAUUGAAUAUCUAGUUAGUUACUUACUUAGGAAUUGUUCUACUCAUGAAGCAUAGGCCACAAACAACAGUUUUCCAGCGUAUUUAGUCCCUGGUGAUUUGUUCAAGUUCUCCUCGUGCGUUUCCCCAUUGAAUAUUCACAAAGUUAUUAUAACAGUGACUACUACAGAGAAUAAAGAAUGAUUAUUCCAACCAGUCUGAGUUAGGAGAAAUGAUGCAUUCUUAUUUUACUACAUUGACUGUUACAGAGAAGAAAGAAUGACCAUUGCUCUAACCAGCUAAAGUUAAGUGCAAAUCAUGCAUUAUUUUUCUCACUAAUACUUUUUUAUACUGUGAUAGUAUCUUUUUGCAAAUAAACUAUGCAAUGUAUUCAAUA